AAAGGUAGAUUGAAGUAGGUGAAAAAAAGUGAGAGGAUCGUAAAAUACUUAGCGCAUUAUAUAUAUUCUGUUUAGGGGUGAAGAAGAGAAGAGGCUUUUGUUUGAAUCGAUCAUAUAAACAUCAUGUUUAAUUCAGCCACCGUAUUUGAUCCUUCUGAGGGUUCUUCGAAGAGGUUUCCAAUUCCUGUUGUUCAGGAAUUGGCAUCACAACACCUUCACAGCCUUCCUCAAAGGUUUAUCAGAUCAGAGAAAGAGCGCCCAAAUGACUUCUCUCAUCAUCAAAUGGACAUCCCCAUAAUUGAUAUGGGCAUGUUUUUGAGCGAUUCGGAAUCUUGCAGGCAACAGGAAUUGGAAAAGCUUGAUAUUGCAUGCAAGCAAUGGGGAUUUUUUCAAGCUGUCAAUCAUGGAAUUCCUCUGUCUCUGAUGCAAGGAAUGAAGGGAAUUGUGAAGGAAUUCGUUCAACUGCCGUUGGAAGAAAAGCUCAAGUACGAAAUGAAAGAGAUUGAAGGCUAUGGCCAGACAUUUGUAGCCUCGGAUGACCAAAUACUGGACUGGACAGAUACCUUGUUCUUGACAACUCUACCUCCAGAGAAUAGAAAUAUGAAUUUUUGGCCAACAAAGCCAGCAGAUUUCAGAGAAACAGUGGAUCAAUACGCUGUUGAAAUUCAAAAGCUUGGCAAAACAAUUCUUUCCCUUUUAUCAGAGAAAGUUGAGCUAAAAACAGACCGUUUGAUUAACAUGUGUGGGAAAACGGGACAGACAAUGCGAAUGAAUUACUACCCACCCUGCCCAAGACCAGAUCUUGUUUUAGGCUUAAGUCCUCAUUCAGAUGCAAGUGGUUUGACAUUGUUGCUACAGGAUGAUGAAACAGUGGGGCUACACAUAUGCAAAGAUGGCAAAUGGAUUCCUAUUCAACCCAUCCCAGGUGCCUUGGUUAUCAAUAUUGGGGACAUGAUUGAGGUAAUAAGCAAUAGAAUAUAUAAAAGCAUUGAGCACAGAGUGGUCACAAACAGGGACAGAGAUCGAAUCUCCAUUGCAAUGUUUUAUAGUCCAAGUGGAGAAUGUGAGGUGGGUCCUGCCCCUGAGCUUAUAGAUGAGUUGCAUCCCUGUCAAUACAGAACAUUCAUUCGUAAGGACUACAUGCGGCAGUAUUUUUCCAGCAAACUCGAUGGCAAGGCAAGCAUUGAAUUUACCAAAAUCAAGUAAUUUAUUCAGGAUGGAAUAAAAUUGAUUUGAUCCGAGUUCUGACAUUGGUUGAAUGAUACAUUAAUUAGAAGAAAGGAAGUGACACUCGGAUAUUCAUGAAGUGUAAUUGUUAUCUUAAAUUAAAAGUUGUAAGGUUCUUAAAAACAUGGAAUAAUAUUUUUCUAUUUUUUUUAAUCUUAAUCAAAGAGGCAUCAAUUUAGACUCGUAUUUUUAAA